AUGUCUGCUCCAUGGCCUUUCGUGGCAUGGGGAAUGGAUAUGAUUGGACCAAUAGAACCAAAAGCAUCGAAUGGUCAUAGGUUCAUCCUGGUGGCCAUUGAUUAUCUUACAAAGUGGGUGGAAGUAAUAACUUUUAAGUCAGUGACCAAGAAGGUCGUGGUGGAUUUCAUUCAUUUCAACGUCACCUGUCGAUUUGGUAUUCCAAAGGUAAUUGUUACCGAUAAUGCUGCAAAUCUCAACAGUCGUUUAAUGCAAGAGGUAUGCCAUCAAUUUAAGAUUGAGCAUCGAAAUUCGACUCCGUAUCGCCCAAUAGCAAAUGGGGCUGUAGAAGCUGCUAACAAAAAUAUAAAAGAGUUACUUCGUAAAAUGGUGCAAGGUUCUCGACAAUGGCGUGAAAAGUUGUCUUUUGCUUUGUUGGGUUAUCGCACUACAGUUCGUACUUCAGUGGGUGCCACCCCCUAUUCGUUGGUAUAUGGGACUGAGGCAGUUAUACCUGCAGAGGUUGAGAUUCUGUCCCUACGGAUUGUUGUAGAGGCUAAAAUUGAUGAUGAUGAGUGGAUCAAAACACGGUUGGAGCAAUUGAGUUUGAUUGAUGAGAAGCCAUUGACAUCAGUAUGCCAUGGACAAUUGUACCAGAAAAGAAUGGCACGAGCAGACAACAAAAAGAUGCAUCCCAGACGUUUCGAAGAGGGUCAAUUAGUGUUGGGACGUAUUCUGCCACACCAGACUGAAGUCAAAGGCAAAUUUUCUCCAAAUUGGAAAGGACGAUUCAUUGUAAAGAAGGUAUUAUCCAAUGGUGCUCUUUACUUAGCAGAUAUAGAAGGCAAAAUGACAGAAAUGGUCAUCAAUGCUGAUGUUGUGAAGAGAUAUUAUAUAUGA